AUGGUUGUGAAAGCUAAGAUCUUGGCAAUAAAGAACAUGCUAUCUAACAUAAACCAAAGCUUCAAUAUUUUUGCUCACAAGAAGAGUGGUAGAUAUAAAGGAAAUAGCAAUAAAUGUCUUUUAAACACUAAACUCUGUGCCAAAAUGGCUCAGAAGUUAAUAAUUUGGGGUAAGAAUUCUAUUCAGCAUCAAAAUAAGAUAAAAAAUCCUAUUUCUCAUUCUUUAGAAUUGCCUCAUGAAGAGACUGAGAUAUCUUCAAAACUUCAGAAAAAAAAUCUCCAACAGGAGAAAAAGUGCUUCCAGCAUAAUGGUCAGAGUUCUACAAAGCAAGUGCUUCCCUGUAUUCCCCCAAAUUCUGUUAGUUUGAGAAAAACAAUCUCUCCAUUGCCCGUUGGACAAGCACAAUCCCCAGUAGACCAUUUGAAUCUGAAAUACAGUGACAUGUUCAAGGAAAUACAUUCUAACGACAAAGGUCCUGGCAUUUAUGAAAUGUUUGGAACUCCAGUAUAUUCCCGUAAGCCUGAUAGGUGUGGUGAGCAUAAGAGUAACAGGAAUGUGUGUUCUGCUCCAACUGGAUGGCAUAAUGAUACGAAAUAUAAAUCCAACUGUUUCAAUGGGAAGAAGAAUAGCAGAAUAAAACGUCCCCAGAAUAAAACAUACUCUAAAUCUCACAAGAACAUCAGUAUUAAACCAAAGUUAAAGGAGAAGGAAGUUGCACCAAAAAAGGUUUCCAAGUUAACAGAUUACAGUAUAGAACAGGGCAAAGAUGUGACUGUCCCUUGUGCUGAUCUGCAGAUUCGGCCAAAAGAAAGCACUGGUUCAAUUUGUGAAGAUACUGAUCAGCAAGCUCAGAUUUCCAUUGGGUUUCCUGAACUCGCUAAGCAAAAUGAAGUAUUUCCUAAUUCAGGCUUGUCACCAAUUGAAGAAGUCUCUUUGGAAUAUACUUCAGAUGAUUAUGAUGAUGGAGAUGAAGUUUUUCCCAUGAAAACAUUUGCCACCAAUGUUCAGGAGUUACUUUGGCCAGAAGUUAAAGUUCAUGCAGAAUACGCUCCUUUCUUAAGCUGUGUGCAAUAUACAAAUGAACCAAACAAUGCAAACAACAGUAGGACUUCAAGGGAUGGACAAAACAAAACAGCUGAUUGCCUUGUGGAGCAGGAAGCAAGCCAGAUUUUACAUUAUGAGUAUAAUCAAAAGCCGUCUACAUCCUUUUUUACAGACCAAAUAAGCUUGCCUCACCUAAAAAAUCUCCAGUUUGAAAAUGUCAGUGUAGCAAAUAUGACAACUUCAUGGACUGACUAUGUUGCAAACUCAGUCUCUCAGUCAUAUACAAAUAUCUUUGGAAAUGAAGAUUAUAAGAAAGUAACAGAAGACACAUUCUGUUGCUCAGUCACUGAACUGCUUUCUUUGAAUGGGACAGAUGGCAACAAUUCUAGCUCAAUGACCAGAAACAUAAAUGUGGAGGCACAAAGUGGAGACUGGAGAACAGCAAAAGUUAAAAAUAAUAAGAAUUCUUGUCCAGAUUUCAUGGAAUAUGAGGAAGGAAAUCCACUUCUACAUGAAAUUGCAUUUUCAGAGAACAGCUUAAUUAACCAAGAGUCUAUUUUGUGGACUAAAGGUGAAAUCCUUGGAAAAGGAGCAUAUGGCACAGUGUACUGUGGACUUACAAGCCAAGGACAAUUAAUAGCUGUGAAACAAGUAGCACUGAAUGCAUGUGACCAAGCUGGGACUAAAAAGGAAUACCAGAAACUGCAAGAAGAAGUUGAAAUUUUGAAAAACCUAACACAUGUCAACAUUGUAGGAUAUCUGGGAACAAGUUUAGAAGAUAACAUUGUAAGCAUCUUCAUGGAGUUUGUUCCUGGUGGUUCCAUUUCCAAUAUUAUUCAUCGCUUUGGGCCACUAUCAGAAAUGAUAUUUUGUAAAUAUACAAAGCAGAUUGUACAAGGAGUUGCAUAUUUACACGGAAACUCUGUGGUUCACAGAGAUAUUAAAGGAAACAAUGUUAUGCUUAUGCCUAAUGGCAUAAUUAAACUCAUAGACUUUGGAUGUGCAAAGCGCUUAGCCUGCGGGAGUCUGACUAAUGCACAUAGUGAACCACUGAAAUCUGUGCAUGGCACUCCGUAUUGGAUGGCACCAGAAGUGAUAAAUGAAUCUGGCUAUGGAAGGAAAUCAGAUAUCUGGAGCAUUGGCUGCACUGUUUUUGAGAUGGCCACGGGAAAACCACCAUUGGCUACUAUGAAUAAAUUAGCAGCCAUGUUUUACAUAGCUGUUCACAAAAGACUUAUGCCUUCCCUACCCAAACAUUGCUCAGAUGAAGCUGUUGAUUUUGUACAACUGUGCUUAACAAGGGACCAACAUGAGCGGCCUACUGCCCUAGAAUUGUUGCAGCACCCUUUCAUAAUAAGAAACUCAUGAAACCUGACAAUGCUUCUAUCAAGCAAUAUAUAAACUAAUUUGUGUGGAAAAAUGUCUUCUAAAUUGAACUGUUGGUAUAAAACUUGUAAAAGUUGCUGAAAUAGUAAAUCUUUACCUUUUCUGAACAAACUUCUUAGCAUACGCUUUAGCGUGUUUAUGUGUGUGCAUGUAAAUCAGUUCAAAACAUUAGCCCUAUCAGGCUUUUUUUUACUCAAACAAUUCACAUUCCUGCCUUUCCUCUCCAGUGGAGUCACUUAGAGUGGAUAAGCUUUUGAAGCAAAUUGUAACCCUAAGCUACAAGUAAAAUUUUUUAUAGUCCUGGACAAAAAGUAUUUUCAAACUCUAGAUUCUGGCAUAAAAUGAAGAGUCCAGUGUAAGUUACCAGCACACAAAGUAUUCCUAAUCUCAAAUUUCAGUUCUUAACAGUACUUUCAAAACUUACUGUAUUACAUGUAAAUGUGGGAAUGUGAAAGCACAAUCCAGUGAAAAUGUCCUGAGAUGUAAAUACCUUUAUAUUAACCAUUGGAUCACACUUAUAGUGCAUAUUUGUAUAUGUUAAGCAAU